GUUCAAAUUCCAACAUCAUACCACCUUGUUCUGAUUGCGCCACCAUAAUGAGUGAAAACAGCAUUUCCUCAGAACACACAAGAAGACCCACAACUGUCAGAUGGUGGCUCGCUGAUUUCUCUGAUACCCUAAUCCGGUUCACAGAAUAGUUAAAGCAGCUUUAAGUGGAGAGGGGAUUUUUUCCCCCAGUUUGUCUUCUGUUUUUGACUCUGAAAGAAUGUUGUGGUCGCUCUUGUUCCUGGUGACUGCCAUUCAUGCUGAACUCUGUCGUCCAGAUGCAGAAAAUGCCUUUAAAGUGAGACUUAGCAUCAGAACCGCUCUUGGAGAUAAAGCAUAUGUCUGGGGCACAGAUGAAGAAUAUCUCUUCAAAGCAAUGGUAGCAUUCGCCAUGAGAAAAGUUCCCAACAGGGAAACAACAGAAAUUUCCCAUGUCCUGCUUUGCAACGUAACCCAGAGGGUAUCAUUCUGGUUUGUGGUGACAGACCCUUCCAAAAACCAUACUCUUCCUGCAGCUGAAGUACAGUCGGCCAUAAGAAUGAAUAGGAACCGGAUCAAUAAUGCCUUCUUUUUGGAUGAUCAUACUCUGGAAUUUUUAAAAAUUCCUUCCACUCUUGCACCCCCCACGGAUCCAUCUGUGCCCGUCUGGAUUAUUGUAUUUGGUGUCAUAUUUUGCAUUGUCAUAGUUGCCAUUGCACUACUGGUUCUAUCAGGAAUCCGGCAACGACGGAGGAACAGCAGAAGAUCGCCUGGAGUGGAAGACGCAGAAGACAAGUGUGAGAACAUCAUCACAAUUGAAAAUAGCAUCCCCUGCGAUCCCUUGGACAUAAAGGGAGGGCACAUUAAUGAUGGCUUCUUGGCAGAGGAUGAACGCCUCACUCCUCUCUGAGAGUAGCAGCUGCUUGGCAGAUUUAUUUGGUUUCACCCCUCUUUUUAUGUAAGAAAUUUUCAAUAUGCCUGAAUGUGGUAGACAACGAAUUAUACCCACAAAGACCACCGAGAUCAUAAGGUGUUGAGUUCUCAGAGUAUUCUAGGAUGUUUUUCCUGAUAACUGAGUGUGUAAGUGUGGUCAUGUGUGUUCGUAGCUUGUGAUUUGAGCAUUUCUAGAAAUAAAGUCAGGGCUAUAAUUGCAUUUCACAGUUUGAAGACCUAAGGGGGAAAAUCAUUUUCCCGCAGUGGAGAACAGCUGUAACAAUGGCAUAGAGACCAUUGAAAAUGGAUCUUUUAAAAAUAUUGUUUAUAUUACUCUGUAUAUGAUGAAGUGAGGAAAAGGAAAUAUAGGAUGGAUAAAAAUGGAAUUUUAUUCUGUUCUCACGUCAACAGCUGCUUGUAUAUUUUCUGCAUAUCAGUUUUCGGUGGGGCAAGCAGAUUUAUUUGUUGUUGACUAUUUGCAAUUUGUACAAGUCCUGUCUAUGCUAAUUUAAUAAAGCACUAAGCAUCUAA